AUGUACAAACACCGAAAACUGAAAGUUUUCAAAGUGGCAAGUCCCAUCUUCCUCAGUAUUACUUUACUUGGCUGUGCUACUAUGUAUUUAGAGAUGGCUGCAAUCUUUCCCAGUCUGGAUCAGUAUUCUUGCAUCGCCACAAAGUGGUCUCGACAUUUAGGAUUUUGCGUCACUUAUACGGCGUUAUUAAUGAAAACUUGGAGGGUUUCUUUAACUUACCGAGUAAAAUCUGCUCAUAAGGUAAAACUGACUGAUAAACAAUUGCUGCAAUGGAUGGUGCCUAUACUGUUAGUAAUGCUAAUAUAUCUUGGUACUUGGACGUUUUCCGAUACUCCUACCGCUGAAGAAAUCGUCGAUAAUGCUGGAUUGAGGUUUAAACAAUGUGUAUACAAUUGGUGGGAUCAUAGUCUAGCCAUUGGCGAAGUUUUGUUUUUGGCUUGGGGCAUUAGAGUAUGCUACAAUGUCAGAAAUGCAGAAUCUCUGUAUAACGAGGCUAGAUUAAUUAGCUAUGCAAUUUACAACAUCGCCAUUGUCAACAUCAUGAUGAUCGCGUUUCACUUAUUUAUUUUUCCAAGAGCUGGACCAGAUAUAAAAUACCUUUUGGGAUUUAUACGCACACAACUUUCUACCAGUACGACAAUAGCACUAGUUUUUGGACCGAAGAUUAUAAGAGUUUUGCGUGGUCAAGGUGAUCAGUGGGACAACAGAGCCAGAUCUCGCGGAGUAACUGCGUCUUUUUCAUUAAACGGUAUCGGUCUAGUACCUGAGGAAGCACCGGAUUUAUAUCAGGAAAAUGAAGAAUUAAAGGUAACAACAAAACAAUAUUUAUAA